GAUCUGUGAAUUCAUAAAUCCAUAGCCCUAAAUCCAGGAUGGGAAUCGACGACAACGAUGAAACCUCAUUUUUCAAUCGGAAAAGCAAUUACGAUAUGAACAGUAAGAUCAUGUUGACAGCAAUUAUUUCGUUAUCGUUCGUUGUGAUUCUGGUCACAAUUCUCCACAUCUACGCGAGGUUCCUGCUCCGCCGUCAAUCCCGCCGGCAGGCUGAACUCCGCCGCCUCGGUUUCAUCACAGCCUCGGCCAACAUCCAAUCGGCGUCCGAGCCACCAAAAACUGGCUUGGACCCAGCCGUGAUGGCCGCCUUGCCCCAUUUUAUUUACAGAAAAACAAGUAGUAGCAAUGACGAUGACGAUGACGAUGACGAUGACGAGACUAGCUUGACGGAAUGUUCGGUUUGUUUAAGCAUAUUGGAGGACGGUGAAAUUGCUCGAACUUUGCCUAACUGCAAGCACACUUUCCACGCAGAAUGUAUUGAUAAAUGGUUUGUCACAAACUCAACAUGUCCUAUUUGUCGUAUGGACGCUGAGCCCAGGCUUGUGCCGGAGCCCCGAGAGGGAGUUGUUGUGGUGGUGGUGGCGGCUGGUGGUGGAGCGCCGCCGUCUGCUCCGCCGCUGGAAGGUACAUCAGAUAAAAAUAGUAGUGGGUCGAGGUUAAGUUCAUUCAGAAGGAUUCUGAGUAGAGAAAGGUCAUCAUCAUCUAGGAGGAUGCAAACUAGUAGUGUACCAGAUCUUGAGAGGCAGUGACUCUAUGGUAAAUUGGUAAUUACUUUGCCUUUCUUUGCGUAUCAAUGGGAGAUUUUAUAUUAAUUAGUUAGUUAUAUUUUAUACGACACAUUCAAGAUACUAGACAUACAAGAAUUGAAUUUUCUGCCAAUUGGAAAUGAAGAUUGAUACUUGUUAUGUUUUCAAUUUUUCGUUUUCUUUUUCUUUUUCUCCUGCUGUUUGUUUGUGUCAAUUACUUUCUCUCUAUAAAUUUAUCUAUUUUUUAAAUUUA